UCAGUAAAAUAUGAGUGAAAUAAGCAUUAAAAAUUCGAUAUUUGAGGAAGAAAAAGAAGCGUUUUCUUAUGAUGAAAAUGCCUUAAAAGAUUUCAAAAGGUUUAUCAGGGAUCAAGGGAUUAACUUUGAUAUGGAUGAUAUUUUUCUCCUUGGUUUUCUUCGUGCUAGAAAAUUUGACCUCAAAAGAUCUCUUCAGUUACUCAAAAAUUACUUCAACGUUAGAAUAGAAUAUCCCCAAUACUUUAAGAAUCAUCUCCCUUCCAAGUUGGGACGUGUUUUAGACAUGAAUAUAGUGCGGUUUUUGCCAAUACUCGAUCAGGACGGAAGUUACAUUUAUCUUUAUCAAUUUCGUAACUGGGAUACUUCUAUUGCGAGUGGUGUCGAGGUAUUGCGUGCUAUAAUGCUCGUACUGGAUUUUCAGUUAAAUUUUCAUAGAGCUCAAGAAAAGAAAAUCGUAUGUAUUAUUGACUCAGCGGGUUUAGCGUUGACACAUUUCUACCAUUAUCCUCCUAGAGUGGUCCAUUCAAUGGUGACUUUUAUACUUAAAGAUUCUUAUCAGCUUCGAUAUAAAGAAGUACACUUCGUCAACCUGAAUAUCAUCAUAAAGGCAAUUUUAAGCGUUAUGUUUCCACUUUUAUCAUCUAAACUCCGGAAAAGAUUUCAUAUUCAUUCUGACAUGGAAUCUCUACACAAAUUCGUCAACCCAGACUGCUUGCCUUCAGAAUUUGGAGGAAAUUUACCUGAUUUCGAUCCCACUGAAGCCACUAAUAUGCUUAAAUCUAACGAAGAAUUAUUUCAAAGACGCGAAGAAUAUGUGAAAUUGUACGAAGAACAAAGAAAUAAGAAUUUUACUGAGGGCACAUUUAGAUACAUUCGCGAAGAUGUAGAAGACGAAAAAAUAAAGAAAUUUAUGGAAAAAUCAGAAGAAAAAUUCCAACGUCAUGCUGACAAUCCAGAAGCUUUCAUAGCUGCUUUGAAAGAAGAUUCUGAAUUCGAAUUUACUCAUUUUUAAGUACUUGAGAUGAAGUCAAUUUUUAAAAUAAAAAAGACAAAUUAUAGUUAAUACUUAUUUCAUGUAUACCAACGUUUCGAAAUAAAAUUUUCCAUUAAAAUUUAUAUUUUAUUAAGUAAACUAUGAUAAUUUUGUAAACACUAAAGAUCUUUCUAUUGUACCUUUACUUAACAUAAAAAAUAAAAUAUGUCUUCCAUUUCAUGAAAAUAUUUCAUAAAGCA